AUGUCCUCCACGACAGCGGCCACUACAACCACCACAAAGGUCUACACCAACCUCACGGCCGCCGAGACCACCCUGCACGGCGGACAGGAGAUUGCAUUGCCCGUCUUCCCUCAGCCGCCGACCUUCACCGACAAGGUCGAGGAGCGCGAGUACCUCAAAGGCCGCCUCGCGCUCGCCUUCCGCCUCUUUGCCAAGUUCGGCUUCGACGAGGGCGUCGCCGGCCACAUUACCCUGCGCGACCCCGUGCGGCCCGACCACUUCUGGGUCAACCCGCUGGGCCGCGCCUUCGCGCAGAUGCGCCGCUCCGACUUGAUUCUCGUCAACGGGACGGGCGAGGUCGUCGACGGCGGGCCCAACUGCCUCCUCAACAAGGCCGCCUACAUGAUCCACCACGCCGUCCAUGCCGCCCGGCCCGACGUCCACUGUGCGGCGCACGCGCAUAGCCUGUACGGGCGUGCGUUCUGCGCCCUCGGGAAACCCUUGGCCAUGCUGACCCAGGACAGCUGCGCCUUUUAUCAGAGCGUGGCCCUCUACCAGCAGUUCAACGGCGUCGUGCUCGACGCGGCCGAGGGCGCCAACAUCGCCCGGGCGCUGGGCGCCGGCAAGGCCUGCCUGCUCCAAAACCACGGGCUGCUGACCGUCGGCGCCACCGUCGAGGCGGCCGUCUUUUGGUUCGCGUCGCUCGACAAGUGCUGCCACGUGCAGCUGCUGGCCGAGGCCGCGUCCCACCACGAGCACGCCAAGACGAUCGACGAGGCCGACGUCGCGUUCACGGCCAAGAGCGUCGGCAACCCCACCAUCGGCUGGUUCAGUGCGCAGCCCAUGUUUGAUGUACUGAUGGAGGAAAUUGGCGAUGCCUAUUUGCAGUAG